UUUUUUAAAUUCAGAGGCAUGGGUGAUUCUUGAUCUGGUGGAAAAAUGUCAUUCUAAAGAAAUUUGUUAUCGUUGCAAUCUUUCAUCAUCUAUGAACAUCUCUUAUUUUGCAAUUACAUUUUGCAGCAUUAUCCAAAAGGCUAGUAAUGCAUUGGAAGUUCUAAAAGAAGUCCUUGAUACUGUUGAUGUCCAAAAUCCUCAGGGAGCAAGAGAUGAAUUCACCCUUGACCUUGUUGAGCAAUGUUCAUUUCAAAAGCAGAGGGUAAUGCAUCUUGUGAUGGCUUCUCGAGACGAGAGGACAGUUUCCCGAGCAAUUGAAUUGAAUGAGCAGCUUCAGAAAGUUCUAGCAAGACACGAUGACCUGCUUUCAAGCAAAGUUACAACAACUGCGAAUCACUUUGACCAUGAAGAAGCAGAGGAGGAGGAAGAACCCGAACAGUUAUUCCUAAGAUUACGCAAAGGAAAAGCUUGUGUAAGGCCUGAAGAUGAAGAAACUAAACCUCGGUUUCCUCAAUUGGGUUUGCUUGAAGAGAGACUCAACCGUCCGCUAAUAAGGCCACUCUCUUCAGAGCCAUCUCAAGAAGCUAAUGCUCGUCCUGUACCUGUUGUAGCUCCUCCUCCAAGUGCAAAACACAACGGGGAGCUUCCUCAUGUUGCAAUUCCACCACCACCUGCAAAGCACACUGAGAGAGAAAGAUAUUUUCAGCAUAAUAAGGACAGUGCCACUUUGGCUGGCCAUAUCAGAGGCCUCUCGUUACAUAGCCGCAAUGGCAGCAGCUCGCAGAGUGGAAGCUUUGAUUUUAGUGAUUGAUUUCUUUAACAGAAGAAUCUUCUUUUUAACUUUUUUUUAUAGAGUUGGUGGGGUGUGUGAAUUAUAUAUAUGUUGCAUGUAAUAAGGAGCUCUCUGAGGCAAUUGACCAUGACUUGAGGUUUUGUACAUUCCAGAUGCAAGGAGCAACCUGUGGAGAGCUUUUUCUUUA